CAGUCCAAUAGCAGCUAAAACAGAGCCAACCCUGUUUUGCUCCGCGUUGUAUGAGGAGCUUCUCCGCCGUCGUUGUAGGCGGCGCUAGCACCACCACUCAUCACGCCGACCACCACUGAUGAGGACGUUUUGUUCAUGGUUUCAACUUUUGUAAAGGAUCUAGCCACCCAGCUGAAAACUGCUUGUGCACUGUGUACAACUCGUAUACUUUACAACGAUCAGUUUCAUCUCCGUUACCCUGCAGGAUGAAGAUAAAAGAAGCUAAUGCUGGUGCGCUUACCAAUUUUGAAGUACUUGACUUUCUACGAUCUAGAGGGGCUUCAAAGGAUCCUACAAGAGUUAUUGUUCCAAUAGCACCAUCUGAAUUCAAGGUCUAUGAUUAUUUGGUGGAGAGUGCCGCUUGCAAUCAAACAAAAGAACACAUCAAUGACUUCUUGGAAAGGUGUAAAAAUUAUAAACUUGCAAAAGCUGAGGUUCUCAAUAUCAUCAAUCUGAGACCAUCUGCUUUAGUUGAAAUCGACCCGAUAAUUGAGCAGUCUGAGAAGCGUUUUGGAAAACAACUAGAAGAGUUGGUUAAUUUGGUGGUGGAGGUGUUGCCAGAGCCUCCUACACAAAAGAAUGCUGAACAAGGGAACAGUGAGGAUAAAGAAGAAACUAUAGACAGGAAAGACAUGGAUGAGGGUGAAAGGGAAACUACAAAUGGUGAUGAGGAUCAAGCAGAACAAACUGAAGAUGGUGAGAAAAUGGAGGAUAGUUAAAUCCCUCUAUGCAGGGAUAAUUCCAAUAGCAAUCCUGCUCCUGGAUAUAUAAACAGGGGAAAACCGGUUUGCUGAUCUUAUGAACUUCAGUUAAUGCAUUUGGAAACCUCAUUCUUGUAUAGUUGACAAGUUCAUCAGAAGUAGGUUGCUAUAGGCUUUAAUCAUGGCAUGAGAUUAUUAUUAUUUUUUUCCUAUGAAUCAAGUGAGGUGUACAACUGAAAUUCUAGUACUA